AUGCAGUGGAGUCUGAGACUGAGUCACUGGUGCCGUUCCAGCUGAAGUCUGAAGGCGAGCUGUUUAACUGCUGUGAUGGCACAGAGGAUAUAAGCCAGAGCUCCUCCAAUGACACUCCUGCACCAAACAGACCUGUGUGCCAACCCUGUGGCACUGGUGCACAUAUUGACACCACGGCCGAAGAUGUCAGCUCUGAGGAUGACGAGGAAGAUGUUGUUUCAGAAGAGAAAUCUGAAGAGUUGAAUCAAGAGACCUCUUCUGAAGAGAUAUUUGAGGAGGAGGCACAGGAAGGAGAGGCAGAAGCUGAGUUAGAUGAAUCUAAUGAAGCGGCGGUGGAGGAAGUUAUUGAGGAGGCACGUGAAGACGUGAAGGAGGAGGAGAUCUCAGAGGUAGACAGUGAUGUAGAGUCACAAAUAGUUGUUGAGGAAUCUGUGGAAGAAGACGACGAGGAACUUGCUCAGACUGAAGAGGAGGUAGUUGAGGAAGAGGAGGUUCUUCAGACUGAAGAUGAAGCAGGUGAAGAAGAGGAACUUACUCAGACUGAAGAGGAGGUAGUUGAGGAAGAGGAGGUUCUUCAGAUUCAAGAUGAGGCAAGUGAGGACAAGGAGAUUUCUCAGACAGAAGACGAGGCAGAGGCAAUUUCUCAGGCUGAAGAGCCAGUGGAAGAUAAAUCAGAAGAGGUAACGGAGGAAGAAGCUGAAGAAGAGGAAGCUAUGACAGAGGAAGAAGGAGCUCCUGAGGUUGUGGAAGAAGAGCGAUCUGUAGAAGAACCAGAAGCCUUUGAAGAAAUGAUGGAAGCAGAAGCAGCUAAGGAGCUAGUUGCAAAUGUUGUUGAAGUAGCUCAAGAGGAAACUGUGGACCUUGUGGAACCAACUCCUGAACAGGUUCAAGAAGAUGUUUCUGCACUUGUUGAAGAAACAACAGUGGAAGAAGUGUCAGAUGAUGUACCAGCAACCAAAGCUUCUGCGAAAGUGGAGAAAACAACCCAGUCAGGUCCUACCACAAGAGAUCAGUCUCACAUCGAAGAGACGCUGCGUCUGGCAGCAGCUGAACCUUCACGGGAAUUUGUCGAUGCUCUGAAGAAGCUGCAGCAUGUCUACAACACUGCAAUUAAACCCAUGGACAAGGCCUACAAAUACAAUGAGCUCCGGCAGCAUGAAGUGUCAGAUGCAGAGAUCACCUCUAAGCCCAUGGUCCUGUUCCUGGGUCCUUGGAGCGUUGGCAAGUCUUCCAUGAUCAAUUAUCUUCUAGGUCUCGAUGACACUUCACAACAGCUUUACACUGGGGCUGAGCCCACAACCUCAGAAUACACUGUAUUGAUGCACGGUGAGAAGUUUCGCACCAUUGAGGGUAUUGUCAUGGCGGCAGACAGUUCCCGCUCUUUCUCACCCCUGGAGAAGUUUGGUCAGGGGUUUCUGGAAAAGCUGGUGGGAAUCGAGAUGCCGCACAAACUCCUGGAGCGAGUCAACUUUGUCGACACACCUGGAAUCAUCGAGAACCGCAAACAACAAGAGAGAGGUGAGAAUACAGUAUUAACAAAGACUGUUUGA